UCUUCCCUUCAGCGGGAAAAAAAAUCACAUAAUACUAUCACUUUCCUCUCUCUCUCUCUCUCUCUCUCUCUUUCUCAUAUAUCUCUCUAUAUUCUUUCUAUUUAGCAUCUUGGUGACAAAGAAUCAUGGCGCUUGCAUUCCAUGGCUUCUCCAUAAGGGACUACACUUCAAAGAUGAGGGCGGUUGACGUUUUCAAAUGCUGGCCAUUUGCCGCCGAGGGAGUCAGCCGCUGGGAGGCGGAGUCUUGGCUUCCGCCAAUCACUGUUCCCAAGUUCAGUGGAUGGUCGGAUGAGUUUGUUGGAGAGAGAUCUAACGUCGCCAGAGAUGGUGGAGACCAAGGAAGGGAGAAUCGGGAAAGCCGGGCGGUUUAUGAUGAGAGUGAGUCGGAGAAAGUGGAUAAGUUUGUUACCUGCGGAUGUGAUGUGGAGGAGGAGGAAGUGGAGGAGGAACAGGAGAAGAUCGAGAUGAUUUGUCCGGUGUGCAGAGAGUUCAACGCUGCGACGCUGACGGCGGUGAACGCUCACAUCGACGGUUGCCUUGUGCGGAGGGUGAGGGAGGAGCGGCAGCGGAUACGCCGGUUGAAGUUGAAGGCGCCGAAGAAGCGAUCCAUCGCGGAGAUUUUCGAGCUGAAGGAGGACGUGGAAGAGGAGAAGCAGCCGCUGGAGAUAGAGACGGAGAUGAAACUCUUGCCGUUGGACGCCGGCGAGGUUUCGAGCGCUGUAACGAAGCUCCGGUGGCUCUCGGACCGGCUUGAGGCGCUGAGAUCCAACGGAAUUUCCUUCGAAUCGGUGAAAUCUGUCGGAGCAAACUCGAAUUCCCCGGAGGAGGAGAAAUCGGAGAGGCUGCGUCCUGGUUGUAGGGUUUUCAACGCCGCGACGGAGACGGCAGCGAACGCGCACAUCAACGGUUGCCUCGCGACGGCGGUGAGGGGGGAACACUGCCGGAGACCGAGUUUGGAUAAUCCGAAGCCGAAAGCGCCGAAGAAGCGCUCUAUCGCUGAUAUUCUCACUGUGGCGCUGCCAAUCGACGGUUACGGCGACGGCGAACUCGCGGCGGGGGGAGAGAUAGACGAUGAAGGCGAAGAGUUCGGAGAAGAAUUGGAGAAACACGGGUUCUCCGGCGUAAGAAUCAAGAGUAAGAAGUGUACGAACAACAUCGUAGGGAAAAAGAAAAAGGUGAAGAAGGUGAUUGUGAAGAAGAAAAACAAGGCGGAAAAAGAAAGCGUUUGGCGUGUGAACGGUGAAAGUAAGAAGAUAAACAAAAGGAAGAAGAAAAAGAAGAAACUGAACAACGUCUUCACUGCAACGAAGGAGGAUGCUUGUAAACGCAAAAUGCAGAAUCCAGUACAUAGUUUAAGGAAGCUAGGUACUGUUGGGAAUAAAAAGGUUAAACUUGAUGACAUUGAUGAGUCUUCUGCACGUGAGAAGAAAUUGGGUGCAAAGAUUGUAUCAGUAGAAAAGAAAGAAAAGCUGAAAAACUGGGACUUGGUUAUAAAGCAACAAAAAGCAAUGUCUCCCAUUCGUGGCACUCUUAAGAAUCACAAACAUAUUUCUGGAAGUACUUCAAGUGGUAGUAACAUUCAAAAUGGCACUGAGGAAAGCCACUACGAUGUUCAAAUAGCAUCAUUAGAUAAGCAUUUGGGAUUUUCUGCAGAGGAUUCGGUACUCAGUCCGAAAAAGAGAAACUCGUUUGAUGAAACUGUGUUGAGUUUAUCUUCAGAUACGCUGGCCUCUUCAUUUGGAAAAGAGCAGUCCUCUGGAAAUGUUGGAGGAAGUUUGAAUUUGGAAGAAAGAAGAAAGGAUAACACUGCCACUAACACAGAUAAGAGAAAGGAGGUUAGUCCUAUAGUUGAAAGUAAACAGUUUUCCAAUAUCCUGGGACAAGUUUGCAUGCAAAAUAUUUUAAAGCCCUGUACCAAUCAAGAGAAAUCAAAAAACUUAUUUGAGAACCCUGAAUCAUUAUCCCACAUGACAAUUUGUGAUAAUAAUUUGCACCGGUUUGAUGGCAACACAACCACUCUGCAUGUUUCUCAACAUCUUUCGGCAUUUCAAGGGGGGCAGAGUUCUGGCAUAAAUACACAAGCGUGUGAAUCUGAAGCUUUGAGUUACGCUGGAAAAUUCAUUGAUCACUUGGGAGGUCCAGUUUUUCAACCUAAACAUGCAAAUACAAGGACAUAUUUGGAGCCUUCACCCUCUUAUUCUGCUUCCUGUGAUGAAAUAAAUGAGAGACCUGAAUUUCCAUUCCGCACAUAUGGAAACAAGGAUAAUUCGUUGUCAGGCACGUUUUCUGCAGAUAUGGUUGCUGGAUGGGGUAAAGGAAGUGUAAGGAAUCACUGCAUGGAGCAGAACUCUUACGGUUUACCACUCAAUUCUCACGGUGAGCUAAUCAACUUCGGUUCAGGUGGAAAAGUUGGGAUGAUCCAGCCAGAGACAUCAUGUACUUUUAGAGGUUCUUUAAUGGAACAUGUGAAUAAUGUUUUCCAUGAAAAUAGUCAGGACUAUAUAAGGAUUGGUAAGAGGCAUGUUGUUCAGAAGACUCCUCAGGACCGGGGCAAUCCAUUUCCGCAUUAUUCAGGCAGUUGGUUAGGUAUUAGAGAGUCACACAGCAGGAAGAAGGAAGAUAUCUACCCGCAUAACUCUGAUUGUUGUUCCAAUCUCCAUGUCCAGCAGCCUCUUGAUUCAGAAGUGAACCUUCUCAGAAACCCUUUCAUUGAACAAAAUCAACUUGACAAGGUGCCAAAUCAUAGGGAAUAUGGAAUGAUUUCUCCAAGAGGAAGCUCGGCUCUUGUUUCACCUAAUUCAAGCCAACCAACAAUGAGGUUGAUGGGAAAAGAUGUUCCCAUUGGUAGAAGCAGCAAAGAAAAGCAGCAGAUUUUCGGAGGAGUUCUUUGGGCUCAAGAUGAAUCCAGAAGAAGGCAUUAUUCUGAAGAUGAUGAUUCUAUGUUAGGAAGAUGCUAUAUGCGUGAUUGGGCUUCUGGUUCUAAAUUACAGAGACAAAGUGAGCAUGUGUUACAAUCUGUGAAAAUUCAAAGCAAUCGAGCAUUGCAAAGUACCAUGUUGAUGAAAGGUCCAAACUCUGAAUUUCUCAACCUGCAAAGUGAUCGUAUAUCUCAGAAUGCAAGCCUUGGAACAAGCAGAAAUAUUAGCACUAAUCUGCGUCCUAUUUCCCAAGCACCUGCUUCCUGUGCAAUAUACACAAGGCAACAAGAACACUUGCCGGAGCAGUUUGUAUCUGGAGCUAAAACACAAACACCAGGACUCUGCUUUCAUUCUCAGGUACCAUCCAGUCCUUACAAUUUCCAUCUGUCUACUUUAAGCAACGGUGAGCAGAAUGAAGAGAAGAAGCGCCAUCGUGUGACAAAUUCAGCGUUUGGAUUUCCUUUCUUGCACCCGAUUGUUGAAGAACAGGCCAAAUCAUCUUGGUUCAAGAGGUCCCAUAGCAGUUUUCCAGCAUCUUCAUUAGGCUCCACAUAUCAAAAGAUGCCCGAGAGCUCUACUACUACAAGUUUUCAUCAAAAUUCAUGGAGAAAUGAUUCAACUACCACAUUCGUAAAUCAUUCAGAUGUUUUGUAUCCUAAUUCUGGGACUUCUCACUAUCCCAGGAACGCCCCUCUUUCCCCAUAUGCUUCAGUUUCCACCGUUGCCAAACCACCCUCUGCCAUAGAUGGUUGUAGAAACAUACUUAUGGUCAAUGACAGAGUGAAAUUAGAUGAUAUGAUUGCCAAAUACCAGAAUCCAUGCACCAAUGCCAGGAAGAGACCCGGAGCUAAUACUUUUGAUCCUGCAAUACCUAACAAGUUACUUAACAGAAAAAACUCAAGUCCCAUGACAGGGCUGAGUCGAGUGACUUCAAGUGCAAAUUUGCGGCAAAACACCAAAGAAGUUGAACUUAAUCUCCAAGUGGGUGCAAGAAGUGAAUGUGUUUUGAAUGAAGCUCGGAAUCUAAAUCCCAGAAGCCAUCUUGGGUUUGAUUCUUCUGACCAAGAUGACGUGGUGGUAUCAGGUCCUGUGAAACUUGGUCCUGGUGCUAAGCAUAUUCUGAAACCGUCACAGAAUCUGGAUAACUCAACACCGAUCCAUUCUGCCAUUUCUAUUGCUGCGACUUCUGACUGUGGUAGGGAUCUAGAACUUCAAGGAAAAUUGACAAAAAUGUACAUAUUUUAAGCGUAAAUCAUCAUUUAUGAUGAGACCUUUUGCCUUAAUAGUUUAUGGACACCCAUGAACAUAACAGAAUCGUCCAUGUAUAAUAUUGCCAGCUUGUGGGAAAUUGAUCUUUUAUCA